AUGACCGACCACGACCCCGAUAAGGAAACCCCCAAGGGCAUAGCCAACAACACCCUAAUGGUGAUCAAGAGCCAGACUGCAUCUCCCUCAACUCCCGUUGGUGCUCGUGCUCCCGUUCCCUUCGGUCCUCCCAUUCCCCGCCUUGCGGACACCCGCCUGGAAAAGGUCCCCGGCGGUCUCAAGGAUCCGUCUCGCCUUAAGACCAAGAUUUCCCAGCUUCUGGACAAGGACGAUGACUAUCCAGAGGUCGACGGCUUCCGCUUCAAGACCCUGGAAGAAGCUAGGGCGCCCAUGGACGAGCCUCAGUGGUAUUCUCCAGAGGCCGACCCCUCCAUCCCGGAGACCGCCGCAGAGUAUCGCAAAUUCGUCAAGAUGUUGGUGCAAGCUUUCAAGGAUAUGACCCGCGCCAAGGACACCCAGGGUAACGCUUACCGCAAGCGGCUAACUCCGGGUGAAGGUGUCUAUUACCAGGACUGGGCUAUUGAAGCGUGCUCCUGGGACAUCGUCGGCAUGGCCAAGGACAUUCACCUGAACGGCUUCAAAGUUCGCAUCUACGAUAAGACCAUCAUCGACAACAUCAGCCAUACCAAGGACUGGACCUUCGGACAGCGUAUAGAGUGGAUCUGUGAGGUGCUGAAGACCUCCAAACAGACCGGCGUUACACUGAUGAAAAACGAGAAGACCUGGACUACGAUUGGCGCUCCCCACAAGCUGUACAGUAGCACCAUCGUCAACUGCGUCUCGAACGCCCACCGCGGCCAGUGGAUCAAGGUCGGCCGUGACAACGACCAGCACCAUCAGAAUCGUCCGAUUCGGGGUAGGCGUACUGCGGCUGAGAUGAUCGCGUCCGGUGACCACGAUAACACUGACGGUCCUGGAGCAACUCCGGGUUCUCAGAUGAUGUUACAACCGCGACAGUCGGCUCAGAAGCGCCAGAAGCGUAGUCAACCGGGUGUGAAUGUCAUUCGGCAUGAGCACCCAGCCAUGGUCACUGACUCUGAAGGCGAGAUGUCUCCCGGCAAGAUGAAGAUGAACGCUGUUAAACCUACCACACCCAAGCACAUUCUCGACAAAGGCUCUGACGAGCAGCACCCUGGUGCCAACAUGGACGUCUCCUUCUCAGGCAUAUCUCCUAUGAAGCCAGUUGUCGCUGUCCCCGGACAAGAUGCUGGCAAGAGCGGCACUCAAGCUGGUGAUGCUGUCGCCAAUCAUGCCCCAAUGCGUGGUCACGUCUACCAAACCGCAUCCAACAAGGAUGCUUUCAGGAGGGACGUGUUCACCGAGGGUGCUAUUGGCGAGAACGUCUCUAACGACGGCGGUGACGGCUCCUUCAAGGAUAAAGGGAAGGGCAAAAUGAAGAAGACUAAGGACACCGGUUUCGUCAACUACCACUUCGGCACCAAGGGCAUGGACGAGCUUGACUCCGACAGCUCUGAGCUCUCCGAUGCACCCGAUGAUCUGCUUUCUCCUGGCUCUACUUCUUCAACUCGCAGCCACAAGCAGAAGGAGCUGCUGGACGACCCCGAGGACAAGGUUUCCGUUGAGGAGUACGCCAAGCUUCGGGGUGAAAUGGAUGAGCUGAAGGCGGCGCAAGCUGAGACCGACAAGAUUUUGGCGGCACUCCGCGCGGAGAACGCGCGCUCGUUGGCCUCGUUCCAUCAGGGCUCUUGA